UAACCACAUGAUUGCUGUCAAAAAUGCGUCAAACUUCGAAGUGAAAUAGGCAAUGAGAACUAAUGCAUGAAUUUGCUAGCGGCUUAUUUUACAAAAUUGUAUGAAAAGACUUUAAAAGACACAGAGUUAACAUACAAUAAUAAAGUUAGUCGUGACAUUGCUAUAAACGGGUAUCAAUCGGCAUCGCGCAACGUAAAUACUGUUAUCGUACGUUCGCGUAAGAGCGAAAGAAAGCUGGUUAUUGGUAUUAGGUCAAUGGUGUGCGUACCGGUAACGUGAGGCUGGGUGCUGACGUCGGCAUCGUGCGAGACACGGCGGACGCAAGGCGCGCGGCGCGCGGCCCGUUGCCCGGCCGUCAGUCUGCACCGGUUACAUCGCUCGGGUAACACGUCCCGACUCACACUAACGGUCCGCGAUCAUAUACUCACUUAAAGCGUGAAAGUUACACUCAAACAUGGGCGGAAGAGUAGAAAAUGUCGGCAUCCUUGCCAUGGAACUAUACUUCCCAUCACAAUACGUAGAUCAAACUGAAUUGGAAAAAUUCGAUGGAGUGUCCGCCGGCAAAUACACAGUCGGGCUGGGCCAGACUAAAAUGGGUUUCUGUACAGACAGAGAAGACAUUAACUCGAUUUGUAUGACAGCUUUACAUAGACUGAUAGAGAAAAAUAACAUUAAUCUACAUGACAUUGGAAGACUGGAAGUUGGUACGGAGACUAUCAUAGACAAAAGUAAAAGUGUGAAGACUUAUUUAAUGACCCUAUUUGCUGAGCAAGGGGCCACAGAUGUUGAAGGUAUAGACACCACUAAUGCUUGUUAUGGUGGUACUGCAGCUCUCUUUAAUGCUGUGAACUGGGUGGAGUCAUCAUCAUGGGACGGCAGAAAGGCUAUAGUAGUGGCAGGAGACAUUGCAGUGUACGGCAAGGGGCCAGCGCGGCCUACAGGAGGUGCAGGGGCAGUUGCAAUGCUGAUAGGGCCGGAUGCUCCUCUGGUCCUGGACUGUGGUGUACGUGCUUCAUAUAUGACACAUGCUUAUGACUUCUACAAGCCAGACUUGGCUUCAGAGUUCCCCUAUGUGGAUGGAAAGCUCUCAAUACAAUGCUACCUCAGUGCUUUAGAUAAUUGUUACAACUUGUAUUGUAAGAAGAUGAGGAAAGUGGAGCCGGACUUUAAAGGCUUGCUGAGCUUGGAUGGUAUGUUGUUCCACUCACCUUACAGUAAACUGGUGCAGAAAUCUCUAGCUAGGGUCUGUUUUAAUGAUUUCCUCAAUGCAACACCUGAGCAGCGCGAGCAGCAGUUCCCAGGGUUGUCAGACUUCAGCUCUCACAAACUAGAAGAAACAUACUUUGAUAGAGAUGUAGAAAAAGCAUUUAUGGCAUACAGUGAGCCUUUAUUUGAUGAGAAAACCAAGCCAUCUCUACACAUAGCUAAGAAUAUAGGUAAUAUGUAUACUGCAUCACUGUAUGGGGGGCUCGCUUCAUAUCUUGUCAGUAAGUCACCAGAACAGUUGAUUGGGAAGAAAUUUGGUUUAUUCUCUUAUGGAUCUGGUCUGGCUUCAACCAUGUACUCCAUGAACAUUUGUAAUGACAUGAGUGCUGGUUCUAAAUUGGCUAAGCUCAUCAAUUCUUUGAAUGAGGGUUUGUCUAUGUUGGAGAUAAGACAGAGUAUUCCACCUAGCCAGUUUUCCGAGAGCAUGGAUGUUAGAACUAAGAACUACCACACAGCACCUUAUCAGCCAUCGGGAUCAAUAGACACACUAUUCCCUGGCACAUACUACCUAGUUGACAUAGAUGACCUUAGGAGACGCUUCUACAAGCGGAAAGAUUAAGUAUUUAUUUUAGGAUAAUUUUGUGUCAUUUGGUGCAGGAGAAAAUUGGUGUUAUUGGUAUAUUAUUUGUAGAUGAACUAGUUCAUUGAGACUGUUAUCUUGCUGGUACUAUGUGAAACAUCCCCUCUUACAGUUAAUUAGCAACAUUUAUAUUAUUGUGACCUAUUCACCUCAUAAGAUGGCAUGAGGAAGCAAUAUGUACUUUGGACAGUUUAUUUGCACACAUCAAUAAAUAUAAUUUAUAUAUUUAUUAUCUCAGUCAUUAAUCACGUAUUUAAAAUACACAAUGUAGUUAUAAAUUGUGAGGGUUUGAAUUUAUGGUAAUUAGUAUUUAUAGGUCUGUGAGGGAUAAAUGAUAAAGAAAGGUUUUUAGUAUAAGUUUUGAGUGUUGAAGUGUUCAAUGUCCUCUUGUAUGUAAUACACAGUAUAUUGUAGUUUGACAAACUAUUUGUUGGGUCUGUAAAGUCAAAAAACUCAGCAAAAAAAGUUUUGUACUGUGUUUUGGGGUUAUACCUGAUCCUAAAUCUGUUUUUUUUUGCUGAGUGUACAAAGCAGGCUUGUUGUAUAGGCACUAUUAAAAGAUCAAAUCGACAUUUUGCUGGCAUAAUGACACAGUUUGUUAAAUAUAAUGCAAUGUAAUGUUGACAUGAUCCACUAUAAUUCCCAAUGAAUAUAUUUAUUUAUUUGCAUAGCUCAAAAACCCAAACACUUGCAUCACACCAAAGUCGAGCAUAGACAACAUAAUGCUAUGUUUUACUUUUAAUGCAUUUCUGUAUAUAUAAAAAAAAAUUAAAACAAAAUCCAUAAAAUGGACCACUAUAUACUUACUUCAUAUUGUCAAUAAAAUAAUUGAGAAUUCUA